AUGGCGAAGAGAAGGUCGAGAACGUCGAAGCUGAUUAAGACCAAGAAGGUGCAGCCCAAGCUGGAGGCGGCCUUCACCUGCCCCUUCUGCAACCACGACAAGAGCGUAAGUUGCACCUUGGAUAAGAAGCUCAAGGUUGGUGAGGCGCAGUGCGGGGUCUGCAAAGAGAGCUACGCCACCACUAUCCAUCACCUGACGGAGCCCAUCGACAUAUACAGCGAGUGGGUCGACGAAUGUGAGAUGAUCAACGAGUCUGAAGAACUCCUUGUCGACGAUCACCGCCCCACGGAGCCCAUCGGCAUAUAUACCGAGUGGGUCGACGAACGUGAGGAGGUCAACGAGUCCGAAAAACUCCGUGACGAUAACCGCCCCUCCAAGAAAAGGCGUUCGGUCACGGACUUUUGGGAUGAUCAGGUUGCCAGUCUUUGA